CAGCCCUUUUUUUCGUCACAUGACAGUAGUGUUGUCUUGUGUGAGUCGGACGGUUCGAUGAGGCGCUGAAGAUGGCGUGCUGUGGGACCAGUCUGUGCUGUCAGUGUUGCUGCAGAGAAGGGGAGACCAGGACACCCGAGGAAUUGACAAUUCUUGGGGAAACCCAUGACGAGGAAGAUGAAAUUCUGCCAAGGAAAGAUUAUGAGAGCCUGGAUUAUGAUAGGUGCAUCAAUGAACCAUAUGUUGAAGUCCUGGAGGGGAUGAAUAAUAAGAAAGCCAAAAAAUAUGAAGCUAUUAAGUGGAUGCUUGUUUUUGCCAUAGGAGUAACCAUUGGUUUGGUUGGACUUUUCGUGGAUUCUUUUGUUCGGCUCUUGAGUCAACUGAAGUUUAGCUUGGUCGAAAAAUCCGUGGUGGAGUGUACAGAGAAGGGCUGCCUCGCUCUGUCGCUGCUCAUGCUACUAGCCUUCAACAUGACCUUCGUCUUCAUCGCCAGCGUAUUAGUUCUCAUUGAGCCUGUCGCUGGGGGAUCGGGAAUUCCCGAAAUCAAGAGCUACCUGAACGGGGUGAAGAUCCCGGGAAUCGUGAGGCUACGCACGUUCCUGUGCAAGGCCAUCGGAGUCCUGUUCACCGUGGCCGGGGGUCUGUUUGUGGGGAAGGAGGGACCUAUGAUCCACAGUGGAGCCAUUGUGGGAGCGGGACUCCCUCAGUUCCAGAGCAUUACCUUUAAGAGGAUCCGCUUCGACUUUCCCUACUUCCGCAGUGACCGGGACAAGCGGGACUUCGUGUCGGCAGGGGCAGCCGCGGGCGUGGCUGCAGCUUUCGGGGCACCCAUCGGGGGCACUCUGUUCAGUCUGGAGGAGGGCUCCUCCUUCUGGAACCAGGCGCUCACGUGGAAAGUGCUGUUCUGCUCCAUGUCAGCCACCUUCACCCUCAACUUCUUCCGCUCUGGGAUCAACUUCAACAAGUGGGGCUCCUUUCAGCUGCCUGGCCUGCUCAACUUCGGAGAGUUUAAGUGUCCAGACGGGGAUAAGCGGUGUCACCUCUGGACGGCGAGGGACCUGUGCUUCUUUGUGCUGAUGGGCAUCAUGGGAGGGCUGCUGGGGGCGUUCUUCAACUGCGUCAACAAGCGGCUGUCCAAAUACCGCAUGAAGAACGUACACCCCAAGGCCCGCUUCGUCCGGGUGUUGGAGAGUCUGCUGGUCUCCAUGGUGACCACGAUGGUGCUUUUCCUGGCCUCGAUGAUGCUGGGAGAGUGCCGUGACCUGUCCACCCCCACCACCCACAACACCUCCACACUGGCCGCUGAGGAUGUGAACUCCACCAUAAAGCAGUUCUUCUGUCCCAAUAAGACCUACAACGACAUGGCCACCCUGUUCUUUAACCCGCAGGAGGUGGCUAUACACCAGCUCUUCCAUCAGGACGGGACCUUCAGCGCGGCCACUCUGUCCAUAUUCUUCGUGCUGUACUUCUUCCUGGCCUGCUGGACGUACGGCGUGUCUGUUCCCAGUGGUCUCUUCGUGCCCUGCCUGCUCUGUGGAGCCGCUUUCGGCCGCCUGGUGGCCAACGUCCUCAACGUAAACCUGGGGCUGGACAUAUACUCCGGGACCUAUGCUCUGAUUGGUGCAGCCGCCUUCCUGGGAGGUGCCGUCCGCAUGACCAUCAGCCUGACUGUCAUUCUCAUCGAAUCGACCAAUGAGAUCACAUACGGGCUGCCCAUCAUGAUCACCCUCAUGGUGGCGAAGUGGACGGGCGAUUUCUUCAACCACGGCAUCUACGACAUCCACAUCCUGCUGAGGGGCGUCCCCCUGCUGGAGUGGGAGACCGAGGUGGAGAUGGACAAACUGACGGCCAGCGACAUCAUGGAGCCCAACCUGACGUACGUGUACCCCCACACACGUAUCCAGUCCCUGGUGUGCAUCCUGCGUACCACCGCCUACCACGCCUUCCCCGUGGUGACGGAGAACCGCGAGAACGAGAAGGAGUUCAUGAAGGGCAACAUCCUGGUCAGCAACAACAUCCGCUUCAAGAAGAACACGGUGCUGACGCGCGCGGGGGAGCAGCGGCGCCGGUGUCAGUCCAUGAAGUCGUACCCGUCCAGCGAGCUGCGCAACGUGUGUGACGAGCAGGGCGUGGCCCCGCCGGGCCAGGAGGGCCAGGAGGGCCAGGACAUCCUGCAGCAGAUGCUGGAGCGCAGGCACGAGCCCUACCCGAACCUGUACCCGGACCAGUCCCCCAGCGAGGAGUGGACCAUGGAGGAGCGCUUCCGACCUCUGACCUUCCACGGGCUGAUCCUGCGCUCGCAGCUCGUCAAUCUGCUCAUCCGCGGCGUCUGCUACGCCGAGAACCAGUCGAGUGCCACUCAGCCCCGUCUCUCGUACGCUGAGAUGACAGAGGAUUAUCCCCGCUUCCCAGACAUCCAUGAUCUGGACCUGGCCCAGCUCAAUCCUCGCAUGAUCGUGGACGUCACCCCGUACAUGAACCCUUGCCCCUACACUGUCUCCCCGAACACACACGUCUCCCAGGUGUUCAACCUGUUCAGGACCAUGGGCCUACGGCACCUCCCGGUGGUCAACGCUGUGGGAGAGAUCGUGGGAAUAAUCACCAGACACAACCUGACCCACGAGUUCCUGCUGGCCAAACUCAGACAGCACUACAUCACCAUAUGAAGACUAGUCUCCCGUCGGGCAGAAACACCCCUCGGCCCGGACCCUUAACCGGCCCGGUCCGGCCCAGCCAAGCUUUCCCGAACUUCUGUCAUUCCCGUCGUCCGACACACCACAGUAACACAGGGAGGAAUCGGGGGGAUUCCACACAACGAGAACUCUGUGUUUCUUUCCACAAAGUCUCCAAGCACCACACUGAACGAGGCAUUAAAUUCAGUAACUACGCUUUAUCAAAUAUGCUUUAUCUACUAUACUGUAGCACUUUUAUUUUGAGAUUUUAAUGUUUUGGGGGAUUUUUUUUUUUUUUAUCAGUGUAUGUUUAAGUGUAUCUUGCACUAUAACCAUUUUUAACCAGUGACCUGUCCCGCCACAGUUUGUGUGAAUGUUGUUUCGGUUCAUUGAAAGCUCAGACGAGAACAGAGCCCACUAAAACGGUAAAUCAGGGAUGUGCCGUCUUACAUAGACGGGGAAACAGGCAUCACACUUGUCUGUUCAGUGCCUAUAUAUGUAUUGGACAGGCAGUUUGACCAGCUGCCUGAGCCCAAAGUAGUGAUGGUUACCUAGAGCUGAGGGGAAAACCACUUUAUAAUAUUAAUUCCACCUGUGGGCAGCGGCCAUUUUGAGUGACCAGUUUUAUUCCUUUUGUGUCACCAAGAUCAAAGAAUCAAUCAAAAGAAAAAUCAAUUAUAUUUAAUGGUUUGCUUACCGUCUCAUGAACUGGAAGGGAUGCAUCUCAGUGCUUUUAAACUAUGUGGGAGCAAUGUGAAGUUUAUUUAAUUUAAUUUUUUUGCACACUUAACAACAAAUGUAGAGGUAUGCUCAUUACGUGUAACUUGACACAAUGUCGUUGGAAGGACCUUGAGGUUUGGGACCAGUUUUUGGGACCCUGUGACACACGACGGUGUGGAAGGACGUCCGUAUCUGUCCCGCUGUUGGAAUCCUGUAAGACCAUGCUUGAGAUUGGCGUCACCGCACCCUUGUGAGGCACACUUGGAGGUUGGACCAGUUAGACGCAGCGGAAUUCGGAGGCAGGAAGUACUCGGUAGGAAUUCUGCUAGCUAUGGAGGGGUCCAGACGGAUGUGUCUCGUUUCUGGAGGUACGGAUGAGGACAGUGGUGUACCAAUCAUGCGACCAAUGCCAGGAGGCAGAACAAAGGCUCAUUUAUUUAUAUUCUGAAGCAUUUAAUUUUGUGGGCAUUGUGCUUAUGGUAUGCAUAAUAUUAUUUAAGAAUUUUUAUUGUGUAUAUUUUUAUAUGUUUUGCUAUGAAUUGAACUGGGAUGUUCUUUUAGCAGGCCACCAGUAGCGUGACAAGGUGUGAAUAAAGAUCAAAUCAAUGGUUACGUCAUGGAUUGAGUUAUUGCACAUUACAAGCUAGGCAGUUUAGAGGUUAUAAACUCUCACUUUAAGGCUGCAUUUGCCUGUUCGUUUUAAUCCUGUUAUUUUGUGGAAACGUGAAACGGCAGGUUCUGCAAUACGUGGAUUUACGCUAAAGCCUAUGUUAUUUUCAGUGUUGGAGACCACAGGAAUGUUUUGCCCAAAGACAGUGUGACAUGGUUGUCAUUGUGGAGAUUGAGAGUUUGUAAUGGUCUCUGUGCUGACCACAGAGAGACAGAGAGUGAUAGAGAGAUUAAGACAUGGACCAGGAUACAAUGCCUCAGAUUUGUUUCUUAGAAAAGCUGCUCUUUUGUGCGAGUGUAAAAAAGGCAUCUGUCUUCGAUGAAUAAACUGAAGGAAUGUGAAAUGAAUGGCUUGUAUAGACGUUUGUGAUGACAAUCCCAGACGAGCCACAGACGGCAAAGUGGCAGCUCGCUCUGCGUAGCUGCGUAAUGCAUUCUGACGUAGCUAACCGACAUGGAAACGCUCGAGGUGUGGCGCGACCCUAUUUUCCGCUCAUGAAUAACUGUGGGAAGGCUGGUAGCGCGGACAGUAAUUAAGAGGGUCGUUUUCCCGCUGUGGAAAAUCGGGGUGCCGUGCCUCCGGGCCUCUCUCGCUCCGCACCGAUGCACCUGUGAGCACCUGUGACCGAUCGCCGAAUUCCGCCGACGGACCGCGACGGUUAAUCGGAGCUCGUCACGAUGAGUCACAGGGGGAACUUCCAGCCACAGGAACUGUCAGCGGCGUGUUACAGUCUUCACUUCGCCUAGUUCAGCCUUUACUCCUGAGGCCGUUUCCUCUUUAGACCACGGUGCCGUUUCAUCGGCACAGCACCCCUCUCAGUUUAGUCGCUCUAAAUAGUCUCACUUAGACGGUUUCCCACACCUUUCCAAAUCUCCUUGGCAACUACUGCACGCAGUUGACAUUAUUUUUGGGGACUAGUUUUUCCACUUAGUGUGUAUAAUUUGCAUCUGUUGUUUUCUGCAGCAUGGGACGUUCAGAUAAUUGUCACUAGUAGUCUUAUUCGGUACGCUUCUGGAUAUUAAACACACCUGUAAACAGAAAAGUCAGGAUUAUGAAGCGUGUUUUUGAAUUCUUGUUUUCCCUCAUACAUCUCUGAACAACAUGGUGGUGGUAAGGGGGGAGGUGUGGGGGUGUUAGGACAAUUUAGGAAAUUUCACUUAAGUUAGCUAAAGAAAAGCGAGGAUAAUCCUGGUCAGUUGCAUAUAAAGUACUGUCCAUAAAAUGUCCAUAAUGGUGUCCAUAAUGUGAGAAAUUCCUGUCACAUUGUGGACCAGUGAUCAUCAAAUCUGGACCUUGGUUCCAAAUCCGCCCCUGGUUUUCUUUUCUUUCAGGUAAUUAACUGAAUAAUUAGUGCUACUGAUUGGGCAGACUGUCGUCACACCUGACACCCAAGUAAAGGGAGGGUGGAAAACCAGCAGGUCUCAGACCUGGAACCAAUGGAACAGGUUGUAUUACUUCUGAUACUGCAUUGAAAUAAAGCCAUACAUUCCUUA